UACAGAGGAGGCAGCCAUGGAGCUGAGCUCUGAGAGACAAGCCUGUUGCCAAGGGACAGAGAGAUAUUCAAGACAUGGGGGAGGACAUGAACAGUAGCUUUAAUGCUUGGCCUGAGAACCAUGGAUAGAGUGGCAUUGAUUGAGUAUGAGGAGCUAAGGUUGGAGAGACAAAUACCAGAAACAGGGAGAGACUGGGUCUUCAUCUACAAUAACUGAGUAAUCUUUAUGGACUUGUGAGGUCAGACAAUCUCCCAGACACACUCUUUGCCCAUUCUGGACUCCAACAUGCUAGGAGCAUGGUAGUGUGUAUUCACUUCACCCCAGGGGAUCAUUUGCUGCCUUAAACUCAGACCUCACAAUAGCCCCAAAGUAGGCCAGUUAUGAUGCAAUAAAUGUUUGUGACUGGCCUUUGGGCACCCAUUUAAUUGUCUAAGAAACAAACUUCAGGCAUUAACACCUCCUAUCCUAGCCUUUUUGCCAGAGUAUGAUCAGAGAACGGGAAAAUGGCUGUCAGUGGAGCGGAAGACAAAGGGCUAGAGACCCAUGGACUCAAGAAAGGAAUAUUGCAGAGGGAAAGUCAAGUAAGAUGAAUGAAAAGACAGACAGAAUAUUUAAUACCAGCUAUUCCUUUCAGGAUAAAGACUUCUCGUGCUACCAGGAGGAUCUACGUUUUGUUUCACCAUUAGGGAUAUGGACCAAGUUCUACAAAUCAGAUCCACGCAUUGCCCUUGGGAAGUACUCCCCCUUGGAAAAAGAGAUCCUACGUCUAGGUGGCAUUCACACUGUAGCAGCAAGAAGACUUUUGACUUUUAAGCAAGAGGAAGAACGGAAAAUGCUCAAGAAACUAAAAUUGCUGUCUCCAGACUACAAGCGGGCAAUGGAAUAUAAUAAACAACAAUCCGCUUCUUGUGCUACUUGCGGACCCCAUGAAAAAAUGUGGACAGCAAGGGUAGUCAUGCCCCCAGAGGAGUUUAAAAUGUCACAACGAGAGAAGAUCAAUAUCAGCAGGCACAUAGAAAGAAUGAAGCUUGCACGAGCCCUGAGAAAUAAUCAGCUUCUACCCUAUAUUGAAAGGCUUAGGAGCUCUGCAUGUCUGUCUAGAAUGGGGCUGGACAUAAUGGAAAAAGACAAGGCCGAGGAAGAGGACGACUAUGACACCACCUAUGAAACAACUACUAAUGACGAGAAUGAGGAGAAAGAGAGAAAAGUCACAGAAAGAAAAGAAAUUAAAAUGAACGUAAUUUUCAAGUCAGACGAACCAAAACAGUGUUUCACGUACCGUUCGAAAGAUUGCAAACCAUUUCUUCCCACAAAAAAAUGGGAACGAUCCGUUGUAGGCUUAACAAACCGAAACCUUUUCCACUUAGCUGAAUUUCCUGGAGACCUAAUGCUAAUGAGCCAGGAUUUCAUAUCACGAGGACUCCACCCCAGUGAUGUGACCAAGAUCAGCAGCCUGGAAGAAGACAGUAUCUGGAAAAAGUACAUGCACAAAACUGCUCGUUAACAUUAUUAAAAUUUUAUUUGUUCCCC